AGGAGCUCCGAUAGUUCCCUCAGGACCUUCACACCGUCUGAGGAGGUGGCAUUGAUCGAACUAUCCAGACUUCCCUAGUAGAACGCAUGAUGAGAUGAGAGACACAGGAAGAGCCUUCAUCUCUGGACGAGGAAGCUGAUAAACCAUGGAGCGGCUCGUUUUGUGCACGAUAUUGUUGGGGGUUCUGGUACGAGGACAGCAGUGCCCAGGUCGAUGCAUCUGCCAGACCAUCUCACCCACCCUUACCUUGCUUUGUGCCAAGACUGGACUCCUGUUCGUCCCGCACACUAUUGAUCGCAAGACAGUGGAGUUGAGGCUAACAGACAACUUCAUCACGGCUGUCCGCCGGAAGGACUUUUUAAACAUGACAAGUCUGGUGCACCUGACACUGUCCCGCAAUACCAUAAGCCAGAUUGCACCUCAUGCCUUUGUUGGACUCAAAGCCUUAAGGGCGCUUCACAUGGAUGGCAACCGACUAACUGAUAUAAAGAAUGACCAGCUGAAAGGUUUAGUCAACCUUCGGCAUCUCAUCCUGGGAAACAACCAGAUCCACCAUAUCGAGCCUUCCUCCUUCGACGAGUUUGUAUCCACUAUCGAGGAUUUGGAUCUGUCUUACAACAAUCUGAGGACGUUACCUUGGGAAGCUAUAGCCAGGAUGACCAACAUUAACACGCUAACUUUGGAUCACAAUCUUAUUGAUCACAUAGAAGCUGGAACUUUUACUCUACUUACCAAACUGGUGCGCUUGGACAUGACAUCCAACCGUUUGCAGAAACUUCCUCCAGACUCACUCUUCCAGCAUGCUCAAGUGCUGUCUGAUCCCAAGGGGUCCUCUAGUUCCUCAAGGCUCACGGUGAGUUUUGGAGGAAACCCACUCCACUGUAACUGCGAGUUGUUGUGGUUGCGCAGACUCACACGAAAGGAUGACCUGGAGACUUGCGCCUCACCUGAGCAUCUUAUGGACAAAUACUUCUGGUCUAUUCAGGAAGAGGAGUUUAUCUGUGAACCCCCGCUUAUUAUCAAGCACCAUUCCACUAAGCCGUAUGUGAUGGAAGGUCAAGGCGUCACGCUCAAGUGUAAGGCAAUGGGUGACCCAGAUCCCACCAUUCACUGGCGCUUUCCUGAUGGAAAGCUGGUCCACAAUAACUCACGUACCAUCCUGUAUGAUAACGGCACUCUGGACAUCCUGAUUACGACCCUGAAAGACAGCGGGGCAUUUAACUGUGUCGCCUCGAAUGCUGCUGGAAUCGCCACAGCAGCGGUAGAGAUAAACAUGAUCCCACUGCCGUUGUUUGUCAACAACACCAACCACAUGAAGGAGGCUGACCCUGGCCUGUCUGACAUCACCACCUCUACCAAAUCGGGCAACAACGACACCAAACAACAGGACAAAAGGGUGGUGGUGGAUGAACUGACAUCCAACUCAGCCAUGAUCCACUGGCCUUCAGAGCGACACAUUCCUGGAAUAAGGAUGUACCAGAUCCAGUAUAACAGUACUGUGGAUGACACUUUAGUCUACAGGAUGAUUCCCUCGGAGAGCAAGACGUUCCGGAUCAACGACCUGGCGGCGGGACGCGAUUACGAGUUGUGCGUUCUUGCCGUGUAUGAUGAUGGGAUCACGUCCCUCACUGCCACACGUGUUGUGGGCUGUGUCCACUUCCGCACUGCCCCUGAGACCGGCCAAUGCCAGUUUGCUCAAGCGCAGUUCCUUGGUGGCACCAUGAUAAUCAUCAUCGGUGGAGUCAUCGUGGCUUCUGUGCUUGUCUUCAUCGUCAUCCUGAUGAUCCGAUACAAGGCGUACGGCACGGCAGAUGUGUCCAAAAUCAAAGGUGGAACAUCUGGAAGCAUUCACCAGUCGAGUCGUGGGGCAUCGAAGAAACAGGAGCAAGCUGGCGAGUCUCCGGUCGGUACAGAUUGCCAUGCUAUUGCGCUGCUUAGCCUUGAGAAUGAGACUCAGGAGGAAGCGAAAGUACCGUCUCCUCCUGUUAACUCAGAGGUGGCGGUUUUAUCUCUCGUACCUGCUCCACCCAUUCCACCAUCCCGCAGGGCAAGUUUAGGAGCCCCGCCGUCAGACGAUGCCCAGACGGACAGCAGCCUGACAGGCUCCACUAUGUCGCUUUGCCCCAUGGGCACAAGCACAAGCGACAGGGACAGGAAGCGGACGCCGGCAGCCAUUGGGUUGCUGCCCAGUGAGCUAGCGAGGGCGAGGCACCGCUUCUCCUUUGACGGGGACUAUACGCUCUUCCAGAGCCACAGCUAUCCGAGACGGGCCCGUGCCCGGCGCCACAAGUCCAGCUCACAGCUCGAUGUCUCGCCUCUGACUGAACGCCGCAUCACGUUUAGCAGCAGCACUGAAUGGAUGCUUGAGAGCACGGUGUGAACUAAGACAUACGCGUUGCGGUCCCAAACUCCAAGCGCAUUACUAGCUACCGUCUUUAUUUCAUCAGUUAUCACAGGUGAAUUCAGUUUGACUUAAUUUGUUACACUCCCAUUAGUGCCCACUCUUGACCUCGAUGACAAACUUGACUCUCGCCCACAGUUUACUGAAAAAUUUUGUGACCUUGACCAGAAAAGAGCAGGAAUCCUUAAUGAAGGAGUAAAUUCAUCAUGCACUCUUAUGUUAAGCAAUGUGACUAGCUUCUGUCAAAAUGGCAAAAACUGCCCUGCUGACUUUUUUUUUUUGUCAGGUCCCAAUACACACUUGCAGUGCAACACCAGUUCGGUUUUGUGUCAUUUGUGUUCUCCUCUGAUUCCUGAACCGUAUGAAAAUUCCCUCCAGCCACACACUGCACACCGGGAGCCAUCUUUCACCUUGUGUCAGUCAAAUCCCACACCACUGCUACCUCGCAGGACUUGCUACGUUUACUUUACUGCUAGUUGCCAUGGUUUUAGAGUGAUAUCCACACAAGCUAGCUUGAUAAUAGAUAAAAAUAACCCAUUUGAUCACAAAUCCCACAUCCUUCCGCUGAAAACAGUAAUUCAGAAAGGACGUGCUUGUGUUGAAAACUCUUUCGUGAAAUGCAACACUGUCUCGUAGCGUCAGAGUGAACGUCAGAAAUAGGCUUAGAUGGUUCGAUGUACAAGAAAACAAAACAAACACUGAUACUGUUCAAACACUUGAAGCUUUUAGCCGUAAAGCGAGUCUUAUCCAUCGGCUCAGGAUUUCAGAGUAGGUUUGGUAAUGAGGAAGAAAAACAAGUCUUACACUUCGCUCAACUUUGUUGCAUCGCUUUGUUGCCCCGCCCAUUUUGCAUCACUAUAAGUGGCAAUAGGGUCGAUUAGCAGUUUUGUGGAUUUCCAAUGCUCGGGUCAGAUUACAGACGUCACCCGAUCGAAUUUUCUUUUUAACGUAAUUUUGUAUUUUAUUAACUAAAUGCAUUUAUGUACCAGAGUAGUGCAUCUGGAGGAGAUUUUUAAGUGACUCAGAGUCAGACGCGUGCGUGAUGAAAUAGACUUAAAACAGGUGUAAAACAGACCUACCAGCUGUUGGUAGGAAGUGGAACGAUGCGAAGAUAAACAGAAGUUGGAAAUAAAAUUAAAAAGAAAAGAAAACUGUGAACUAAUGAUAAUGAUAA